GCUGACGGAAACGCUGGGUUGUUGGCAGAGCCUCAAAUCGCCAUGUUCUGUGGGAAACUCAACAUGCACAUGAAUGUGCAGAACGGAAAGUGGGAAUCAGACCCCUCUGGCACGAAGACCUGCAUCGGGACGAAGGAAGGGAUUCUCCAGUACUGCCAGGAAGUGUACCCUGAAUUACAAAUCACCAAUGUUGUCGAAGCCAACCAGCCAGUUACGAUCCAGAACUGGUGCAAGAGGGGAUGGAAGCAGUGCAAUGGCCACCCGCAUAUUGUGGUUCCCUACAGGUGUUUGGUGGGUGAGUUUGUGAGUGAUGCUCUUCUGGUACCAGACAAGUGCAAGUUCCUUCACCAGGAAAGGAUGGAUGUGUGUGAAACUCACCUGCACUGGCAUACUGUUGCUAAAGAGUCCUGUAGUGAGAAGAGUAUGAAUCUGCAUGACUAUGGCAUGCUGCUGCCCUGUGGAAUCGACAAGUUUCGUGGUGUGGAGUUUGUUUGCUGCCCGUUAGCGGAGGAAAGCGACAAUCUUGAUUCAGCUGAUGCCGAAGAUGAUGAUUCAGAUGUCUGGUGGGGAGGCGCAGAUGCAGACUACGCAGAUGGAAGUGAUGAUAAGGUAGUAGAAGAACAACCAGAAGAAGAUGAGGAGCUAACCGUUGUGGAAGAUGAAGAUGCUGAUGACGAUGAUGAUGAUGGUGAUGAAAUUGAAGAAGAGACAGAGGAAGAGUAUGAGGAGGCAACUGAAAGAACUACGAGUAUUGCAACCACUACCACCACAACUACAGAGUCUGUGGAAGAGGUUGUCAGAGAGGUGUGCUCUGAGCAAGCCGAGACUGGUCCCUGCCGCGCGAUGAUCUCCCGCUGGUACUUUGACGUGGCCGAAGGAAAGUGCGCGCCCUUCUUUUACGGCGGCUGCGGCGGGAACCGGAACAACUUUGAUUCAGAGGAGUACUGCAUGGCGGUCUGUGGCAGCGUCAAAAUUCUGCUUUUCUUCCCCCUCCCUUCCCUCUCCCUGCCUCAAAAUUUUACCUCAGUCCCUACCACUGCCGCUAGCACUCCUGAUGCCGUUGACAAAUAUUUGGAGACACCCGGAGAUGAAAAUGAACAUGCCCAUUUCCAGAAAGCCAAGGAGAGACUUGAAGCUAAGCAUCGUGAAAGGAUGUCUCAGGUCAUGAGAGAGUGGGAGGAGGCAGAACGCCAAGCAAAGAACUUGCCAAAAGCUGACAAGAAAGCUGUUAUCCAGCAUUUCCAGGAGAAAGUGGAAUCACUGGAACAAGAAGCAGCGAAUGAAAGACAACAGCUGGUGGAGACUCAUAUGGCUCGGGUGGAAGCCAUGCUGAAUGACCGUCGCCGCAUUGCUCUGGAGAACUAUAUCACAGCCCUGCAGACUGUCCCACCCAGGCCUCGUCACGUAUUCAACAUGCUGAAGAAGUAUGUGCGUGCUGAGCAGAAGGACAGACAGCAUACUCUCAAACACUUUGAACAUGUCCGCAUGGUAGACCCAAAGAAAGCUGCCCAAAUCAGAUCUCAGGUUAUGACACAUCUACGUGUGAUAUAUGAACGCAUGAACCAGUCUCUCUCCUUCCUCUACAAUGUGCCUGCUGUGGCAGAGGAGAUCCAAGAUGAAGUCGAUGAAUUACUUCAGAAAGAGCAAAACUAUUCUGAUGAUGUUUUGGCCAAUAUGAUCAGCGAACCCAGAAUCAGCUAUGGAAAUGAUGCUCUCAUGCCUUCAUUGACGGAAACUAAGACCACAGUUGAACUUCUUCCAGUGGAUGGAGAGUUCAGCCUAGAUGACCUUCAGCCGUGGCAUCCCUUUGGUGUUGAUUCUGUUCCAGCCAAUACUGAAAAUGAAGGUUCUGGGUUGACUAACGUUAAAACAGAAGAGAUAUCUGAAGUGAAGAUGGAUGCAGAGUUCCGGCAUGACUCAGGAUAUGAAGUUCAUCAUCAAAAGCUGGUGUUCUUUGCUGAAGAUGUGGGUUCAAAUAAAGGUGCCAUCAUUGGACUAAUGGUGGGAGGUGUUGUCAUAGCAACAGUGAUUGUCAUUACUUUGGUGAUGCUGAAGAAGAAGCAGUACACAUCUAUUCAUCAUGGGGUUGUGGAGGUGGACGCUGCAGUGACACCAGAGGAGCGUCACCUUUCCAAGAUGCAGCAAAAUGGCUAUGAAAAUCCCACCUACAAGUUCUUUGAACAGAUGCAGAACUAGGACACCACAGCAGCCUCAUGAGUUGGACAGCAGAAUGAUUGCUUCACUGCCCAUCGGUGUUCAGUUAUAGAAUAAUGUGGAAAGAAAGAAAAACACUCUGUUUUAUUAUUUACUCAUUCUCGCCUUUUGACAGCUGUGCUGUAACACAAGUAGAUGCCUGAACUUGAAUUAAUAAAAUCAGUAAUGUAUUUUCUCUCUCUUUCUCUUUACAUUUCAGUCUUUACACUACAUUAUUAAUGAAUGUUUUUUGUGUACUGUAAAGAGGUUAGCUGUAUUUAACUAGUGCAUGGAUAGAUUCUCUUUCCCAAUUAUUUAUCAUGUAGUUCCUUAGCCAGUUGUAUAUUAUUCUUGUGAUUUGUGACAAAAAUUAAGUCCUAAUUGAAAUAUGCUUUAAGAAUUGAUGGGGGAUGCUUUCUGUGUCUGUGGGGUUUAGCUGCUUCUCUUUGCUGAGCAUUUUUUUCUGAUCACUAUGCAUUUUAAAGUAAAACAACAUUUUUUAAAAAGUAUUCCAGAUGAGUUAUUGAAAUUCUUUUCCUCUGCAGCUGCAUUUUAUUGUACAGAUUGUUGCUCCUGCUGUAUUAGUGACGUAGAAAUCAUGGGAAUACACAUUCGUUUCUUUGUGCCUGUUUUAUGUGCACACUUUAGGCAUUGAAAGGUAAACUUUAUUUUCUUUUCCAUGUAUCUUUUUGAUCUUAAAAAAAUAUUAAAAAGAAUCCCUGUUAAUUGUGAGCACUUCUGGGGGGGAAAAGUGCCUGCUGGUCGAAAAUUAACGGGGAUCCUCUGCAGGAUGAUUGUACAGAACCAUUGCUUAUGAAUUGACAGCUUUCUACACUGUGUUACAUAAAUAAAUUAAGAAAAAAACGUUUGGGCAAGAGUUUUCUUUGGAGGCAGAAAACAAAGAUUUCUGAAAGCCACUCUAAAUGGAAAACGUGUUGUUCAUGUUCUCAGAUGUUCAUACUGAGAGAGGGUUGGGAAGGGAUUUUCCUACAAGGAUCACGGCACCCACAGUCGGACCAGAGCAGAAGGAAGGCAGCAGAAAGAUGGGGUGGGAGCGAGGGGCGCCGACUUUGGCACACCUGCCCCUCUAAGACAUCGUCUCUUUCUUUUUCUUUUCCUUUCUUUCAGUUUGUAUAAUAGCGUUUUAUGUAAAUAAAUACAUUCCUGGAGGA